CUCUCUCUCUCUCUCUCUCUCCGCUAUUUCUCUCUCUAAACUCCGAUUUUAGUUUAGAGAGAGAAACAUCCGCUGCAUUCGAUUGGCCGGAGACGGAGAGAAUCUAGAUCCAUCGUGGCUGGAGGAUGGGGAUGAAGAGAUUUGCGUUGCUUCUCUGUGCAGAAGAUUCCGAUUACGUUAAAAUCAAAUACGGAGGAUAUUUCGGAGUGUUCGUCAGAAUGUUGGGCGAAGAAGGCGAGGCUUGGGACCGUUUCCGUGUGGCUGCCGGCGAGUUUCCGGCCGACGAUCAGAUCGACGACUACCACGGAUUUGUGAUCACCGGUAGCUGUAACGACGCUCACGGUGACGAUCCUUGGAUCUGCCGAUUGAUCGCUUUAGUGCAGAGAUUGGCGUUCUUGAACAAGCGAAUCCUCGGUAUUUGCUUCGGCCAUCAGAUACUCGGACGUGCUUUGGGAGGAAAAACAGGCCGGGGUAGAUCUGGAUGGGACAUUGGGAUCACAACCGUACACGUGUCAUCAUCUUACAAGCUCUUCUCAUCCCUCAAAAUACCCACCGCUCUCUCCGUGAUUGAAUGCCAUCGUGACGAGAUCUAUGAACUUCCUUCCAAGGCUGAAGUGAUUGGACGGUCAGAUAAGUAUGGCAUAGAGAUGUUCAAAUAUGGGGAUCAUAUCCUAGGCAUUCAAGGUCACCCCGAAUACACAAAAGACAUUCUCCUACACCUAAUCGAACGCCUCGUCCUACGAAGACUCAUCACGGAUGAUUUUGCUGAGGAGAUGAGGAGCAAUUUGGAAGAAGGUGAGGCAGAUAGGGAAGCAUGGAAGAGGCUUUGCAUCAACUUUCUCAAGGGUGGGUUGUGAUUUAGGGGGAAAAUGGAUUUUUUU